CGUGAUCUGGCGGUAUACUCGACGGCGGUUGUGCGUAGCUUCGCAAGUUCUUCCCCUCCCGACAUUCAGUCAACUCGUCACUGGGUUAGAUAUACACAACAAUGAGCACUGCCACACCCGCUCUCUCAAGUGCGGAAGAAGAAAUUUUAUAUUGGAGACGAAAAGCAGAAGAGACCGAGCAAAGUCUGCAGGAAGCUCGUCUCGAGUUGGAUGAGUUCCAGGAAGGCAGUCGUGAGCUCGAGGCCGAGCUUGAGGCGCAACUCGAGCAGGCCGAGUCGAAGGCACGAGAAAUGGACGUGCUGAAGACGAGGUUAGAGAUGGAAAACGAGGCGUUGAAGGAGAGACUCGAGGCGGUACAGAACGAGUCGUUUGUGAUGGUUAGCUCGCUGCAGGAGGAGAUUGCGACGCUGACGCUGCACAGAGACACGCUGCAGAAGUAUGUACGUGAGCUGGAACAGAGUAAUGACGACUUGGAGAGAUUACAGAGAGCUACUGUUGCUUCCUUAGAAGACUUUGAUGCACAGUUGAACAGAGCAAUAGAGAGAAAUGCUUUCUUGGAGACUGAGUUGGACGACAAGGCAACCCUUCAAGAAUCUGUACAGAGACUUAAAGAUGAAGCUCGAGAUUUACGUUCAGAGUUAGCAGCACGAGCCGCUUCUGCUAGCGAAAAGCUGAGAAUGUACACUCCGAGUGAUCACGACAUCAGCGGCUCCAAUCUGUACGCCAACUUACCAUUGACUCCAACAUCAACUUCCCAAGGAGUUUCCACUCCCGGUGGUGGUCUUGUGAACGAUCACACAGAAGCGACCACACCGUUGACUCAAUCUACGCGAAUCGCCGCUCUUAACAUCGUCGGCGAUUUGUUGAGGAAAGUGGGAGCAUUGGAAACAAAAUUGGCAACAUCGAGAAAUAUACGAAGAGUAAAGGCAGCAAACAGUCCUACGAUGUCACCGAGAGGGAAGAGAGUUGCUCGCAGCACGUCUACCUCAAACACAUCGAAUAGCGUGAAGGAGACUCCACAAGGCGGCAAUGGGAUGUUGAAGAUUACUGUGUGAUAUUGACUUUAUUGACUGACUUUUAGUGCUUAUAAUAUUAACAAGUAAAUUAUUUUGGUGUGACAGACAUAUUAAAUAGGUUGUUCUAUCUGCAGUUGA